AUGAUCUUCGUCAAGACACUUUUGGGUCAGACAUUGACCUUCGAUGUUAAUGAUGUUCUAAGUAUUAAAUCUCUAAUUGCGGCACAGGAAGGAAUCGCUAUCGAAGAUCAGAGGCUGAUUUACGCCGGUCGUCAGCUCUCGGACGAUGAGGAGGUUGAAGCAGAGUCUACUCUUCACUUAUCGCUAAGCCUUCUCGGAGGUGCCAAGAAGAGAAAGAAGAAGGUCUACACAACUCCCAAGAAAAUCAAGCACAAGAGAAAGAAGGUCAAGCUCGCUGUAUUGAAAUACUACGAGGUCGAUGACAAUGGUAAAAUCCGCCGACUUCGUAAGGAGUGCCAAUCGCCGUCUUGCGGAGGAGGAGUGUUCAUGGCUGCUCAUGAGAACCGAUACUACUGUGGUCGAUGCCAUGAUACUCUCGUCGUGGAAGAGCCAGUGGUCACGUCGAAAGCGAAGGGCGGCAAAGGAAAAAAAUAA